AUGAAUGCCGCCAAUCCAUGGGAAGUGUCGGUGGCAGAGCAUCAAGCAAACAGCGUUCAGUUUGCUGCAUUAUACCCUCAAAAUGGCCGUAUUGACGGGAACACAGCACGAAAUGUUCUGAUGAAAAGCAAUUUACCACCGCAGAUAUUAGCACAGAUAUGGGCAUUAGCGGACACGAAUCGGGAUGGUAUGCUUGACAUUCGAGAAUUCUCUAUAGCUAUGCGAUUGACACGAAAUUGCCUCGCCGGUCUUCCAUUACCUCCCACUCUACCUCCAUCAUUGAUGCAAGUCCCAGCCGGAAGUGGUCCACCACAAGUGCAACCGCAUAUGAAUGCGAUGCCACAUCCGAAUGCCGUAUACACACCAGAGGCUCCAAAAAUCCCGUAUGGCAUGUCACCGGUACAACCCACGCCGCCCAUGUUCCCUGUAUAUCAAACAGCUCCACCGGGAAUGAUGGCCAGACGACCAUCACAGCCUCUGAACGGUGGAAGUGUACCAAAUCUGGCACAAGGGAAGCAGUGUGGCAAUUGGACUAUUCCUCAUCAAGCAAAGCUCCGAUAUAGUCAACAAUUCAACCAGCAGGACAAGGUGAGCCUCCAUGAACAAUUAUUUCAGAAAAGCUGGGAAUUCUAUUAA